UAAUUACACUGUCUGACUGAGCUGUGGGCGCUGAUGCCUGUCUUUACUGCUUAAUUUACAGCAUCUCUCUUGCUUUUCUUUUUCUCAUGCCUUCAGUAUCCCCUACAAGACUUUGCUGCUGAGAGAUUGCAAGUAUGACUUUCUUGUGCGGAACACAGCAGGAGCUGUUCGGCAGAAUGUUUGGAAUAUUAUGUACUUUCAUUGAAACUUUUUGCAAUGAAUUGUGUCUGAGGCUGACAUUUUGCCCAAUAUCUCCUUUUGUGUCCUGCAGAAGUGAGAAAGUCAUACAGGUUUGGAACAACAUGAGAGCAAUGGUGUGAUGAGCCGCAGGAAGGUCUCUGUGAAGGAUCUGGGGCAGGGUGACUGUCAGGGCUGGUUGUACAAAAGGAAGGAAAGCAAAGGUCUCUUGGGUUGGAGAUGGAAGAAAUUCUGGUUCGUGCUGAAGAAAUGUUCGCUCUACUGGUACACAUCCGACACAGCAGAGAAAGCCGAAGGCUACAUCAACCUGAGAGACUUCACCGUAGACCAGGCUACUGAAUGCAGGAAGAAGUUUGCGAUAAAAGCGAGCCACCUCCACAUGGUGACACUCUACUUUGCAGCAGAGAAUCUGAAAGACAUGAACAAAUGGCUGACUAAACUCAACAAUGCUUCAACUGAACCUGAGCCCACAGACUCAACCAAUGGAGAGUGCUACAGUGAGGAAAGUGAUGAUGAUGAUGAUGAAGCAGACAAAGCUGAGAUGUGUGCGGAGUACAUGGAUCAGCUGACCCCCGGCUCUCUUCAUGGUUGUCUCCCGCCUCCCCACUCAUCUUCGUCUCCGUGUCAGGAUAUGUUCCCGCUAGUGUCUGCGGUACAUAAGCACACAGAGACUCAGAGUGCAGACAGCGAGUCAUGGCUGGAGCUCAGCUCAGAGGAAGACCCCAUCCUCAGAAUACAGGAAUUCAAAGGAGAUGACCGUCCUCCAUCUGAUGAGAUGGAGAUGCUGUAUCUUCACCUCAAGCAGGUGAGUUUAUCUCCCAUAGGCGCUCUGCAGCCAACCACCAAACGCGACUUCAGAUCCUCCUUCAUCAGACGCUGUAAAGAUGAGAGCAUUAAUGACAAGCUGCACCUCAUCCGAACUCUCAACAGCACUCUAAAAGCUAAAGAAGCUGACCUGCAGGUCAUAGAGCAAGUUUUGAGAGAACCCUCUCUGAACGCUUCCAAAUACAGACAGUGGCGAGAUGCUAAUGCCAUCAUACUGCAGGAGAUCGGUGAGAAACACAAGACCACAAUGAAUCCACAGGUCCAGAAACCUCUGGUUCAGACUCAACCCCAGCACCAGUCUCUUUUUGACCCAAAUGCCGCAUUCGCUGCCAUCCCCAUUUACACAGAGACCAGCCUGUGAACGUGAGGCUGAUUGCCGAGGGGGGUGUGAAGUUAGCCAAAGGCCUGAAAAACACUUGACAGGAAUGCAAACAGGAGCAUGAAACGUCAAGAGCUGGUUUUCUGGCCACAUAAAGCUUCACUGCCUCAGAAACACUUCACAAAGAUAAUUGUACACAGAUGUGUUACGUUUGGUCUAUGAAUUGAUCGCUGUGGAUUGAGAUUGGUACUAGGUGUUUUAUUGUAUGAAUUUUACAUUUCACCAAAUUGUGGAUUUUAAAUAGGACAAAUACUUUUAUGGUUACACACCUCUCGUUUAGCCCUUGCGUUAACCAAGGGCUCCAUUUUGCACACACAUUCGCAUCUGUGCUCUAUUCGUACUUCCAUUCUAAAGCUUUUUCAUAUUUUAUCUUUUUAGGAGUGUAGAAGUGUUUUGUUUAUAUACUGUAAAAACAAGCAGGUUUCUUUUAGAUGUACAUAUUUUAGCAUUUUACUACUGAAAAAGUCUUUAGUGUUGUACAAUAUUGUAUACGUAUUUGAUUUAACUGUGUAGAUAUUUACUUGAUAUGUUUUUUAAUAAGUCAUGUUGAAGGUGUGCAAAAGGAAAUAAAA